AUGAUUGCGACGCCCAACGCUUCGGACGGGAGUAUCUUACAGCGAUCGUUGGCUCGAUUCCGUUCAAAGGAUGAACAGUCUCAAGACGUCGUCGUGGUGCUCGACUUCGAGGCACAGGGAUCACGGCCCUCCGCCCGAUGCCACGUCAUGACAUGCUGCAGGGUUCUCGAUUUACAACAUCUAUCCAAUAAUCUCGAUUUUAUGAGGAAGGAGGCUUUCGGAAAGCAGGGGGCCAGCUACGUCAGACUCAAAACAUCGGUCACGGUCAACGAAGAAUUGAUGGUGAAGCAGCCAUGGUUUAUUGUCCGGCUAGCCAUCGAGGCGGACCGGAAACUGGAGCAGCUCACGGCCAGUCUGGAGAAACUCAGGCAGCAGCAAGACAGGCUCUCCAACAGGGAAUCAGCGAUUGAUCAACAACUGAACGAGCCCGAACACUACGAAAAGAACACCUGGCUCGAGGGGAUGCUCCAGGGCAUGCUUGAAACAGGCAGAAUCAACGUCGACUUGUCGGAUAGGCCAGACAGUCUCGGUAUCAUACAUAGUCAGACACCGCUGUCGUGGGCCGGCGCGAACGGCCGUCAGGCCGCUGCCAGGAGGCUGCUGCUCGAGGACGGCUCCCUCGACAUAGAGUCCAAAGACGACAAGGGCCGAACCCCGCUGUCGCUGGCCGCAGAGAUGGGACACGAAGCUAUCGUGAAGAUGCUGCUGGACAAGGGUGCCGAUCCAUGGACAAAGGUCAAUGAUGGCCACACGCCGCUAUUGAUAGCUGCCGGGAAGAAGCACGAGGCAGUCGUCAGGCUGCUGCGCGACCAAGACAGGCUCGCUCAGGGGGCUUUACUUUUCUACAACCUGACUGGUGAUCCAGAGCACAUGGCGCCCCUCGCAACGUCGUACUGGCGCUACCUGACCCUGGAUGCCUAUAUGAUAUACGAACGGAUAUACGACCGCUGCCGCGACCACCAAGGCGAGGUCCCUUACUCGAGUUUCACCGCGCAGUUCCUGGCCUGGGACAAGCUGACGCCCGAGACUAUCUCGAGGACGUGGAGCCGGCUGCUCGACGAGGGGAGCGGCAUCGCCGACUCGCGGCAGGCCAAGGGCCUCGUCAUGGCGACGCUCUACAUGCUGCACGUGGAGCGGUUCCAGCCGGCGGCUCGGCCGGCCGACGACGUGUUCUCAGGGCCUUUGGCAACUGGGUUCGUCGACAAGGGCGGCAAGCUAGGCGUCUUCGGCUCGGGCAAGAGGGAGGAGGAGGUGCGCCAGAAGAUAUGGCAGGCCUGGGUUGAUGGCCGGUAA